AACGAUGCUUCUCUACUAAAUCCACUUCUCUCUUUUCCGGCAAAAGCUUCCGCCGACUACUACGACUGAGGUUUGCUUUGGUUGCGUAAAUUUAUCGAAUCGGUUAUUGUUUCUUUGUUGGAUGAUGGAUGAUACUACUUCUUCUGACGGUUCUUCAACAUUUUCUACAUGUUGUUCUGUGAUUGUUGGCGAUAAGAGAAAGAGGAACGAGUAUGGUGACAGUUGCAAUGCUAGUAAUCGCGGUGCUAUACCUAACAAUACAAGAGGGUCUAGUGAUAAUGGAGAUGCAGGCAGGGAAGAAGAGUCUGCGGCACAACCAAAUAUUUCUGAAAGUGGUGUUGGUCCAAAGUUUAACGACUUUGAUGAGCUGAGGGAAGAAGUGAACUUUGCACUUGGUCAGACCUGGGCUAUUUAUGAUACAGCAGAUGGGAUGCCUAGAUUGUAUGCUCGGAUCACGAAACUUUCAGCUCCUUCCUUUGGGCUUAGGAUUACGUAUCUAGAGCCGGAACCAGAUCAUGAGAAAGAGAUACUAUGGUUUGACGAAGGCUUGCCUGUUUCUGUUGGUAAGUUCAGGUUUGGGAAAAAUCAGAACACAAAAGAUCGUUCCAUAUUCUCUCAUGUAAUCUGCUGCGGAGAAAUUUACAAUAAAGUAAGCAAGAAAGGUCAUUUCAUUGUUUCCCCAUUAAAAGGCGAGACUUGGGCUCUGUUCAAGAACUGGGACAUUAACUGGUCUUCAGAGCCAGAUUCUCACCUCAAAUUUGAGUAUGACUUUGUUGAGAUUUUGUCAAAUUACACUGAUGGAGCUGGUGUAUCUGUUGCGUUUUUGCAUAAAGCAAAAGGGUUUGCAAGUGUCUUCUUUCGGAUGGGAACUGGUGAUGCACACAUAUCUCGGAUUCCGCCUCACGGUUUAUAUCGGUUCUCCCACAGGAUUCCUUCCUUCAAACUCACUGAAAUGGGAGGAAAAUAUGCUUACGAGCUGGACCAAGCUGCAUUACCUGAAACUAUCAAAGAGUCAAUCGUCCCUUCACAUCUAUUAAGAGUGCUUGCCGCUUUGAAGCCUAAACCAGAAGCUGUAUUACCUAAACCUAUCAAAGAGAUAAUAGUCCCUCCAGAAGUAUUAGCAGUGCCUACCGCUUUGAAGUCUAAACCAGAAGUUCUCUGCUUUCUUUGUAAGGGAAAGGUUUUUCAAACUGGCCAGAUCUGGUCAUAUUACAGUAAUAAUUGGAACUUACCUGUGUACUAUGGUAGGAUUAAAAAGAUCACUUUUAGUCAGUCAUUCGGGCAGGCAACAGUAUUUAAACUACACGUAACUCGGUUAAAGCCUGUUCCUUUCUGCAAGAGAAUGCCUAUUAGUUGUGGAACUUUCUUGGUUGGGAAAGGUACCAAAGUCAUCGAUCCUGAUGAUGUUUCAUAUCAGAUAGUGCCUCAAACCGUCAUGGAUGGAAAUAAAUAUACCAUUCAUCCCAAGAUUGGCGAUGUUUGGGCCAUAUACACAAUCUUGUCUCAUCACACUGAUGAGGACUUGGAAAGAUGGUAUGAUUAUGAAAUUGUCGAAGUCCUUGAUGACGCCUUGGACUAUAAGGUUUUAGCGUUGGAGCCUGCGUUGUUUGUUAAUGAAGAUGAAGGAAAAACAAAAUUCUUGCGAGCAGCUGAGCGCAGGCAACAUGAUUUGGAGAAUGAGUCAGAAGUGGUAUUUACAAUCCCUAAGUCGAAAAACCGCAAAUUCUCACAUAAGAUUCCUGUUUCCCGAGUAACCAAGGAGAUAGACGGAGAUUUGAAAGAGCUUUUUGAAGUUCUUGAUUCUAAAGCAUUACCUUCAAUGGCCGAAGAGGAAAAUACUGGUAUCAAUACUUGGAAUUCUGAGAACGUUGGUUUAUUGAGCUAUGACAUUGUUGAAGUUAUUGAUCAUACCUUGGACUAUAAGGUCUUACUGCUGGAGCAUGAGCCCAAUUCCGAUAAAGUUGUUGAUAUUCUGCAUCUUCCGGAAAAACUGCAUUUUCAGGCAGUUAAGGAGUAUAAGUCUAACCUGAUUGAUGGGUCGGAACCAAUAUUUACGAUCCCAAAAUCGGAAAGGCUCAGAUUGUCGCAUAAGGUUCCGGCCUCCCGUGUUACCAAAGAGAUAUACGGAGAGUUAAAAGACCUUAUAAAAGUUGUUUCAGCAGCACUACCUAUCCAUCCGAUUAGGAGUGAUUUGGUUGCAUCCACACCAAGGAAUCAGCAAGAAAAGGCUCAAGCUUUCUCCUUGCAACAACAGAUAACAGUCCCAAGUAAGAAUCAAGGCAUACACUUCUCUGGAAAUGAAUGCUCCCCUGGUUUGAGCUCUGCUGGUAAGGUUGGUGAGAAGAGAAAGAGGAAUGAGUACGGUGAAAUUGUUUAUACUGAACAUCGCAGUAAUUCUGAAGAUGUAAUUGUAAAUCUAGGCAAUAAAAGAGUGUCAGGUGAUAUUGGAGAUGCAGUAGAAGACUCUGGAAGUGGAAAGCAACUCCAUGAGGUUCGUCUCUGCAAAGAAACAUUGCCAGAUGCCUUUAACAGGAAUGCUCAAGUGGGAGCUGCAAUGGAGAUCUCUCGGAAUCUUGAGGCAGAUGAUUACUCUGGUUUUUGUGAUAUCAGUUCAGAAGUUGCAGUACAGCCAAAGACUUCUGAAUGUGCUGGUCCAAAGUUUAACGACUUUGAUAAGCUGAGGGAAGAAGUAAACUUUGCAGUUGGUCAGACCUGGGCUCUUUAUGAUACAGCAGAUGGGAUGCCUAGAUUGUAUGCUCAUAUCAGGAAAAUUUCAGCUCCUUCCUUUGGGCUUAGGAUCACUUAUAUAGAGCCAGAUCCAGAUGAUGAGAAAGAGCUCCAAUGGUUUGAAGAAGACUUGCCUGUUUCUGUUGGUAAGUUCAGGCUUGGGGAAAAUAAGAGCACAAAAGAUCGUUCCAUGUUUUCACAUGUUAUUCAUUGCAAUGAACGAAACAACGAGUUGAAUGAACGAAGCUACACUCGUUGUUUCAGAUUCACUUGUCGUUUCAUCAACACUUGUCAUUUUAGUGUAUCCCCUAGAAAAGGCGAGACAUGGGCGCUUUUCAAGAACUGGGAUAUUAACUGGUCUUCAGAGCCAGAUUCUCACCGCAAAUAUGAGUAUGAUAUUGUCGAGGUUCUGUCAGAUUACGCUGAUGAAGCUGGUGUAUAUGUUGCAUACUUGCAUAAAGCAAAAGGGUUUGCUAGUGUGUUCUUUCGAAUGGGAACUGGUUAUGAAGGCAUAUUUCGUAUUUUACCUCAGAGUUUGUAUCGGUUCUCCCAUAGGGUUCCUUCCUUCAAACUGACUGGAAUUGAAGGAAAAGGUGUGCCAAAAGAUGCUUACGAGCUGGACCAAGCUGCGUUACCAGAAACAAUCGAAGAGAUCAUCGUGCCUUCAAACGCUGAAAGUGAUUUAAAGUCUAAAUGCCAAGCCAUCUACUUUGCUAGCAAGGGGAAGGUUUUUCAGACUGGCCAGAUUUGGUCAUAUUACAGUGGUAAUGAUGACUUGCCUCUGUACUACUGUAGGAUUCAGAAGAUCACUUUUACUCAGGCAUUUAUGCAGGAUCCUGUAUGUAAACUACACAUACGUCGGCUAAAGGCUACUCGUUUCCCUGAGUAUGUUAUCCAGUAUGAAGACAGGAGAAUGCCUCUUAUCCGGUAUGAAGACAGGAGAAUGCCUAUUGGUUGUGGAACAUUCUUCGCAAGGAAACUUCUAGAAAUAAUCACUCCAGAUGAGGUUUCACAUCAGAUAAUUCCUCAAACCUCCUUGGAUGGCAUUGAAUAUACCAUCCUCCCCAAGAUUGGCGAAGUUUGGGUGAUACAUAGAUACUGGAGUAGUCACACUGAUAUUGAGGACUUGGAAAAUGAAGUUUAUGACAUUGUCGAAAUUCUUGAUGACACUUCUGACUAUAAGGUUCAACUGCUGAAGCAACAACCCGUUGAUGGUGAUCGUGAUAACUUUGAAUAUAUGUUAUUUAGGGCAGGUGAAACAGAGGAGCCGAGAGAAGAAAAGAGGCAAGAAGCUAAGGUUUCCUUUUUGUUAUCUUUUGGUGCAUUUUCUGAAAAGGACUUGGCUGAUCUCAGCAGCUUACCGAUUUCGAUCAUUCUUGUUAGAGUUCUCAUCAUGAUUCAAAUUGAUCGAAAGCGGAUUGGUCAAAAGGUUAGUUAUAAAGUUAAACUGAUUUUUGUUGUUGAUCUAUCAAAGUUUAUGGAGAUACAACACUUUCAAGGACAUCAUUUUAGGCAAAAUGCUGUCCAAAACCAUCAGAUUAGGAGUGAUUUGGUUGCAGCCACACCAAGGAAUCAGCAAGAAAAGGCUCAAGCUUUCUCCUUGCAACAACAGAUAACAGUCCCAAGUAAGAAUCCAGACAUACAUUUCUCUGGAAAUGAAAUCUCCCCUGGUUUGAGCUGUGCUGAUAAGGUUGGUGACAAGAGAAAGAGGAAUGAUUAUGGUGAAAUUGUUUGUACUGAUAUUGGCAGUAAGUCUGAAGAUGCUAUUGUAAAUCUAAGUAAAAUUGGCAAUAGAAUAGUGGCAGAUGAUUUUGGAGGUGCAGGAGAAGAGUCUGCAAGUGAAAAGCAACUCCAUGAGGUUCAUCUUUGCAAAGAAACUUUGCCAAAUGCCAUUAACAGAAAUGCUCAAGUGGGAGCUGCUAUAGGGAUCUCUCAGAAUCUUGAGGUAGAAUAUAACUCUGGUUUUUGUCAUACAAGUUCAGAAGUUGCAGUACACCCAAAGAUUUCUGAAUCCGUUGGUCCAAAGUUCAACGACUUUGAAAAGCUGAGGGAAGAAGUAAACUUUGCGGUUGGUCAGACCUGGGCUAUUUAUGAUACAGUGGAUGGGAUGCCUAGAUUGUAUGCUCGGAUCAUAAAAGUUUCAGCUCCUUGUUUUGGUCUUAGGAUCACAUAUCUAGAGCCAGAUCCAGGUAAUGAAAAAGAGAAACUAUGGCUUGAAGAAGACUUGCCUGUUUCUGUUGGUAAGUUCAGGCUUGGGGAAAAUAAGAGCACAAAAGAUCGUUCCAUAUUUUCACAUGUUAUUCAUUGCAGUGAACGAAGCAACACUCAUUGUUUCAGCAUCACUUGUCGUUUCAUCAACACUUGUCAUUUUAGUGUUUCCCCUAGACAAGGCGAGACAUGGGCGCUUUUCAAGAAUUGGGAUAUUAAGUGGUCUUCAGAGCCAGAUUCUCACCGAAAAUUUGAGUACGAAAUUGUCGAGAUUCUGUCAGAUUACUCUGAUGAAGGUGGUGUAUAUGUUGCAUACUUGCACAAAGCAAAAGGGUUUGCUAGUGUGUUCUUCCGAAUGGGAACUGGUUAUGAAGGUAUAUUUCGUAUUUUACCUCGCAGUUUGUAUCGGUUCUCGCAUAGGGUUCCUUCCUUCAAACUGACUGGAAUUGAAGGAAAAGGUGUGCCAAAGGAUGCUUAUGAGCUGGAUGAAGCUGCGUUACCAGAAACAAUCGAAGAGAUUGUUGUGCCUUCAAACUCUGAGAGUGAAAAAAAGUCUAAACACCAAGCCAUCUACUUUGCUAGUGAGGGAAAGGUCUUUCAAACUGGCCAGAUCUGGUCAUUUUACAGUGGUUAUGAUGAUUUGCCUCUGUAUUAUGGUAGGAUUCAGAAGAUCACUUUUACUCAGGCAUUUAAGCAGGAUCCGGUAAUUAAACUACACAUAAGUAGGCUAAAGGCUACACGUUUCCCUGAAGAUGUUAUCAACUGGAAAUACGGGGGAAUGCCUGUUGGUUGUGGAACUUUCUACGCGAGAAAAGUUCUAGAAAUAAUUACCCCCAGUGAGGUUUCACAGCAGAUAAUGCCUCAAACCUCCAUGGAUGGCAUUGAAUAUACCAUUCUCCCCAAGAUUGGUGAAGUUUGGGCGAUAUACAGAUACUGGAGUCAUUACAUUGAUGUGGAUGGCUUGGAAUUCGGUCUUUAUGACAUUGUUGAAAUUCUUGAUGACACUCUGGACUAUAAGGUCCAACUGCUUGAGCAACAACCCGUUUCUGAUGAUCGUAAUGAUAUGGAACAUAGGUUGUUUAGGGCAUGUACUGAGUAUACUUAUAACGAGGAUGAAGGGUCGGAACCAAUAUUUACGAUCCCAAAGUCGGAAAGGAUCAGAUUCUCGAAUAAGAUUCCUGCUACGCGUGUAACGAAAGAGAUGUCCGGAGAGUUGGAAGACCUUUUAAGUGUUGAGAGCUCUAGAGAAGAAAGUUGUCUUCUUGAGUGUCUAUUUUGUUUCAUGAUGGAUGACACUGUAAAUGAGCUUCUAAGAAGGAAAAAAGCUGUCUUGAAUCAUCAGAUCAGGAGUGAUUUGGUUGUAUCGAAUCAUCAGGAAAAACCUCAAGCUUUCUCCUUGCUACAACAGAAAGAUGUCCCAGCUAAAAGUCCCGGCAUACAUUUCAGUGGAAAAGAAUGUUCUUUUGGUUUGAGUAAUUGUGCAGUUAAGGUUGGUGAGAAGAGACAAAGGAACGAGUGUGGCGACAUUUGCAGUACUGAGAAUCGCAGCAAGUCUGAAGAUGCUGUUGUAAAUCUAUGUAAAGACAGGAUUGUACACAGCAAAAGAAGAGUGUUCAGUGAUAAUGGAGAUGCGGCGGAAGAGUUUGGAAGCGGAAAGCAACUCACUGAGGUUGAUUGUUCUAAAGACCCAAUGAACAUGAAUCCGAAGAUGGAUAGGAAACAAGAUGCUCAAGUCGGAGCUGCAGUGGGGAUUUCUGGAAAUCUUGAGGUGGAUCAAAACUCUGGUUUAUGUGAUUCAGGUUCAGGAGGUGCAGUACCACAAAAGAUUUUUGGAUGUGCUGGUUUGAAAUUUAACAACUUUGAUAAGCUGAGGGAAGAAAUGAACUUUGAAGUUGGGCAGACCUGGGCUGUUUAUGAUACAGUGGAUGGGAUGCCUAGAUUGUAUGCUCAGAUCAGAAAAGUUUCAGCUCCUUGUUUUGAGCUUAGGAUUACAUAUCUAGAGCCAGAUCCAAAUGGUGAGAAAGAGCUCCAAUGGUUUGAAGAAGACUUGCCUGUUUCUGUUGGUAUGUUCAGGCUUGGGGAAAAUAAGAGCACACAAGAUCGUUCAAUAUUUUCACAUGUUAUUCAUUGCAAUGAACGAAGCAAUACUCUAUGUUUCAGCGUCACUUGUCGUUUCAUCAAAACUUGUCAUUUUAGUGUAUCUCCUAGGAAAGGCGAGACAUGGGUGCUUUUCAAGAACUGGGAUAUUAAGUGGUCUUCAGAGCCAGAUUCUCACCGCAAAUAUGAGUAUGAAUUUGUCGAGAUUCUGUCAGAUUAUUCUGAUGAAGGUGGUGUAUAUGUUGCAUACUUGCAUAAAGCAAAAGGGUUUGCUAGUGUGUUCUUCCGAAUGGGAAUUGGUUAUGAAGGCAUAUUUCGUAUUUUACCUCAGAGUUUGUAUCGGUUCUCCCAUAGGGUUCCUUCCUUCAAACUGACUGGAAUUGAAGGAAAAGGUAUGCCAAAAGAUGCUUACGAGCUGGACAAAGCUGCAUUACCAGAAACAGUUGAAGAGAUCAUCGUGCCUUCAAACUCUGAGAGUAAUAUAAAGCCUAAACGCCAAGCCACCUACUUUGUUAGCAAGGGGAAGGUUUUUCAGACUGGCCAGAUUUGGUCAUUUUACAGUGGUUAUGAUGAUUUGCCUCUCUACUAUGGUAGGAUUCAGAAGAUCACUUUUACUCAUGCAUUUAAGCAGGACCCGGUAAUUAAACUACACAUUGGUCGGCUAAAGGCUACCCGUUCCCCUAAGGAUGUUGUCGACUGGGAAGACGGGCAAAUGCCUGUUGGUUGUGGAACAUUCUACUCAAGAAAAGUUCUAGAAAUAAUCACCCCAAAUGAGGUUUCACAUCAGAUAGUUCCUCAAACCUCCUUGGAUGGCAUUGAAUAUACCAUUCUCCCCAAGAUUGGUGAAGUUUGGGUGAUAUAUAGAUACUGGAGUAGUCACAUUGAUGUUGAGGACUUGGAGUUUGGUCUUUAUGACAUGGUUGAAAUUCUUGAUGACACUUUGGACUAUAAGGUCCAACUGCUGGAGUAUGAAUCCGUUCAUGAUGAUGAUGAUGAUGGAAAUGGGAAUAGGUUGUUCAGGGCAUGUACGGAGUAUACUUAUAACGAGGAUGAAGGGUCGGAACCAAUAUUUACGAUCCCAAAGUCGGAAAGGAUCAGAUUCUCGAAUAAGGUUCCUGCUUCGCGUGUAACCAAAGAGAUGCUUGGAGAGUUAAAAGAGUUUUUAAGUGUUGAUUAUAGGGCAACACCUAUAAACGUCAUACACUGUUGAACAGAGGAACUGAGAGAAGAAAAGGGACGGGAAGCGCCAAGGAUUCCUUUUUGUUAGGUUUUGGUGCAUUUUGUGAAAAGGGUUUGUCUUUUUGGCUAAGAAUCUUCUCUAUGAUGUAAGAAUGUUCUUAAUUAUGGAUAUGAGACAUGACGUAUCUGCAGGUUGGUCUGAAAUUUCUUUUCACUAAAUGUGUAUUUUGAGUUAAAAGAAGUUAAAUUAUUUGUUGUUGUAAUGUGGUUUUCAUACUUAACUGCUCUCUCUGCAGAUCGCAACGGUCAACCUUGUCCACUUUCUCAUUUACAGUUAUAAAAUCCUUGGCUCUUUGUUUGGUUUAUAAAAUUAGAUUUGUUUC